AUGGCGGAGUCUAGCGAGGCUAUGCAAAUUGACGAAGAGCAUUUUGAGGCAGUUUUAGGUUGUGUACACGAUGUUUCGGUUGUUGAAGAAGAUGGUUCUGGUGAUAUAGAGGCGUCUAAGACGGUGACGCCGAAAUCCAGUCGAAGGAGCCUCGAUUUUACGGGAAAACACGCGUUAACACCGGAAUCAAAGUCUAAAAAUCUUCCCAAUCCAAAGCGAUUUCAAAUUGGUAAGCAAAUAUAUUUAUAAUUACUGUUAAUACCAAACAUUUUCAUUUGAUACAUUGUAUUUGUUUAAAUUAAUACGCACAUUAUUAAAAGUAUAUAUUUUAUAUAUUUGAUACUGUAAUAUCUUUUGCUGGAGAUGUUUUCAUAUUUUAAAACUAUUACAGCCAGGGCCUUGCAGAAUCUAUCUAUCUAGCUUGCUUUGCAAUGUUGCUCACCGUAGCUUUACAUAAGUCCCACUCGCCCAACCCCCCUCCCCCGGUUGUUAUUAGGAAAAGUUGGUAAUCGUUCCAUGUUUGCGCAAACAAUAUAGUAAAUGUUAUGUAAUGGAUAUUAUAGUGUAUUGAAAAGUUCACUAGAUACCUCCAUACACAUAUAUACACACCCUAACCCCAACCUUAAACGUAACCCCUAACCUCAAUACCUAACCCCUAACCCUAACCUCUAUUGGUGCGCGAAACAUGGAAUGAUAACCGAAAAGCUUUAAAGUAGACAUGUUAGCUAGGUUGUGCAAUACUGCAAUGUAUGUCUGUAAUAAACCGAGCAUUGAGAUGUUACUCUGAGUGUAUACACCAACACACAUUACACCUAGAUUCAGUUCCAAAAUAUCACAUGCUUGAACAGGCAUUUUUUUCAAGCCUGCCCGGUGUGGAUAUACACUCAGAGUAACAUCACAAGCAUCAUAUUCACCUGAGUACAUUACACCAACACAGAAAAAUCACUAAAGCGAGCAUUGUGGACAGAUAAAUGUCAAGCAUGUGACUGAUGCUGCACCAGCUUCCAGUGGUGUGUGAGACAGGGCUUUGAAUGAUAUAGAGUUGAUGAAUUAAGUCAAUUUCUCCAUACAACAACCUUUUGGCUAUCAUAUGUUACAGAAAACAUGCAUUAGAAAUGAAAUACAGUAUAAAUGUUUUUUCCAUAUUUGGUUUAUACUAGGAGAGAAGCCAUCUGGUAGAGAAGUGAAAAUAAGGCAAGAGUUCUUGGAAGAAAGACUAAAAGAAAGAUUUGAAGAGAAAGCAGGUUGUACAAUCCAGCAAGUAAAAGCACUGUCACUAGUUGGUGAGGGCAAUACUUCUGAAACUUCAAAGACAAUGUUAACAAGAGCAUUAAAACGGGCGUUCCCUUCAGUGAAAACAAAACGCACACAGGAGAAAGGGUAUCCUUUGAUAAAAUAAUCUAUAAAUAAUCUUACAACCAAAUUUAGUGUGAAAUUAGAAAUACUGUAUUCUUUAACUCAUGUAACAGGGUCUUUUAUGUUAACAUUAGACCAAAAUCUUUGUUUGCCAGUGUGUUGUAUGCAGAUUCUCCUGAAAGUAAGUAUUGAAUCCAUAGAGGAAUGUGUUACAGUAACAUACAUUAGACAUCAUAAAACAGAAUGCAUAUUAAUAUUUUGUGUUUACAAGGCCGUCAAAAGUAAAUCAAUAUUUUUGGGGGGGCUCAAAGAAUAAAUGUGAAUAAAUCUGAAUUGCAUUUGCACUUUUGUAGGUUUUUUUGUGUGUUUUUCUUACAUACAAAUCCCCAGCCCGCCCCAGUCCCACCCCCCACUUCCGACGGCCUUGGUUUAGAAGAAAAUUCAAAUCUUAAUUUAAGGAUCCAUGAUUGGUAUCAUACAUGAUUGAUGAAUGUAUAAAUACUUAAAAUUCUGGCCUUGUAAAUCUGUAUUUUUACUAUGUCUAACACUGGUCAGAAGAUUUUACUUGUCAAAGGAAGAGCAUUUGACUCUCAUUGUGUAUGUCAUUGUCAACACGAAACAAUUUUAUGCAUCAAGUGGAGAACACUGCCACUCAAUCAAGGAUGUUCGAGAACAGACUUUCAACCAUCAUCUUAGGAAAGAUUAUCUUUUCAUAAGGAAGGGGGGAGGUGUCUGGUGUAAAUUUCUUUUCUGAUGUUUUUAUAUACAUAUUAAAGGUGAAAUAAAUAACCUCAAAAUGAUGAUUGCUGCAACUGAUGAAGUCAUGACUCAAAUAUGGGAUAAAACUUCAGCAAUGACAGCUGAAAAUCAAGAAUUGAGUGAAUUAAUGGAAGAGUAUGCAAGAGAAGCUAGAGAGAGGGAUGCAUUAUUUUCCUCAUUAGUAAAAGUGUAUGAGAAUGAACUUGUACGGUUGAGAUCAGAACAAAACCAUGACACUUUAUCUGAGAAACAAAGACGCAUCAUUAUUGAAGAAUUCAAGAUUUUAGAAGCUAUCACAUGUACAGGUGUUCGAACAACCUUUGACAAGACAUUGCCAGAUCAACAAGUGUUAAAUGACAGUUUCUUUAAAGAAUUUGUCGUAAUAUUUCAGGAAAAAUGCCCAUUGCUGCAGAAUGUUGUCGAGACACUUUUGGUUAGCAAUCUGCAUCAAACAAAUAUUCAUAAGACUGUGGACUACAAAGUUUUAUGUGGUACUCAUGCUUUGUCAUUGCUGUUGAAUGUAAGGAGUACAACAGGAAAAAAUGAUUUUCCACUGUUCUUUGGGCUUUUAUGCAUCUCGUAUGGUGCAGGAAAGCAAUUUAUCAAUAUGCUCCACUCCAUUGGAUUAUGUGUUCAUUGGGAUACAAUGUAAGUGUGUUAUGCAUAUACCCUAUUAUUUUUAAAAAACUAAAAACGUUUAAAGCAUCCUAUUUUAGAAUUAGUUUAAAAAUUGUAGUGACCAAGAUUAAAUUGAUAGACAGGUAUCACUGGGACUGUUUGCAGUCCGGGCUUGACUUAUUUACUUGUCAAGUUAAGAGUGCUGCCAUUCCAUAUCAUCUGUUAAUUAAAUUGUUAUCUAACAUGUCACUUGACAUCCUCUUCAGUGGGGGGGGGGGGGCUGAGCCCCCUUGUUAAAAUGUCAUGCCCUCCCCCCCCUGACUCGUACCCAGUCAUCAAUUACGAUUUAUAUAGAUCGGUGGACGGAGGUUUGCAUUUCCCAUCAUGCACCAUUAUUUUGUUUAAUCCUCAUUUGAGGGACUGGGUACGAGUCAGCUCCCCCCUAUAAUUUUUGAAUAAUCUUAAAUGAGAAUGGUUUACAUCUACAAAAAGCCGUACAGAAACCUUGAAUUAUAUACCCUUUCGAGACGCUCAGAAUAUUUUAUAUUACUAACAGCAAUUGUUUUAAUAGGCAUAAUUUUAAAUGUUUGUCCCACAAUUACUGGAAAAAAACCCAACAAAAUUUAGAAUUUCCAAAAUAUCAUAAUGUAAACACCCCCACCCCCCGCCAGUUCAAGACACUUUUGGAGAACAGGGACAAAACUACCCUGGUGUGUAUGUGGGGGGGGGGAGGUGGGGUUACACCCCCUGUCUCUAUCCCAUCGGGUAUACCCAUACAUUUUAGUCAGGCAAAUUUUGAAAAUAUUUGAGUGUCUUGUAUUGAAAAGUAAUAGUGGUAGGAAAAAGUGGUAGUGAAAAAUGCUCUCCUCACCAACAAUCAUUAAUUAGGGACUGAUCAAAUGUUCGUCCCUCAGGACCGACUUUGGAAACGCCCUUUAGGUCGGGCAAAACAAGCUCCCCCCCCAGCCGUAAUACAGAAGUUUUGCCCCCUGUUGGAAAGCACCCCUUGUUAACAUUCCAGGACUACACCACUGAUCCUGUUAACCUUUAAGUGGCAAUGCACCCUGAUGCCAUAUUUAUUAUUCUAUUUACAAUCAUUUAUAAUUUUACUCUGUCCAAUGCCAAACGAUUUUACUUGUCAAGGGGAGAGUGCUGCCACUCAAUACUGUAGCUCAAUAAACACUACUCACUCAACCUUAGAAUGUCAAUUGUUUUGUUGAAAUGUUUUAAUGCUCAAGGGAAACGUUUUGUUGUUACACAAUGUAUGUUUUCAAGGUGGUGGCACUGUACGUAUGUUGUAAAGGUCAUUUUUUAAUGUUGUCAAGGUUAUUUGUAAAACAAUAGCCUUCAGCCUUGACAACAUACAGUAGUUCCAUCGCCUUGACAACAUUCAUUGCACGAUGACAAAACAUUUCUCUUGAAAUUUCAAACAUGUUGACCAAACAAUUGUCUGUAGGCUAUGCCCAAUUUUUUGUAGAAUGAACUAUCUGACAAAGCGUCUUGACCAUUUUCAAUUGGUAAUUGAUGAACAUGUGCCAAAUCAUGUCCCAGUUAUCUUCUUGAUGGAUAAUGUGAAUUUGUAUCGAGGAAACAAGCGACAUCUUCGUUUAUUGAAGAAUUUGGGGCCUGUGAUGUGGAAUCUGACGGUACGUGGAGUGCUAAUUCCUGAUACAUCACAAAUUAAAGAUUUGCUUGAUGAUCGUACUGCAGCAGAAGAGCCGCAAAGACCACUGAAAAACUUAAAUGCUGAAGAUAUUUUUAUUGGUACGUUUCAUAAACAACAGAACUAUAACCAGCUUUUAUCUGAGUGUUACUGUAAGUGGAACUAACCCCAACUAUGAAUUUUGGUUUUAAUAGACCUUUUAUUCAUUUUUGACCCAAUGGCCUCAUUUUCGCGCGUUUGCCAGUUUUGGCAUGACAGACGCAAAUGAAGGUUAUAUUCCCAUGUUUCCUUUACGAUUUGGUUCCUGGUCUAGUGUGAUACGAAGUGAAAGAGUAAAGUAUGGCGCAACUUAAUGGGCUAAGAUGAGGUUUCUAUUUGUUUCGUAUAUGUGAUACUUAUGCAAUUCUAAAUAUUACGUCUACACAGCGAAUGAAACUUCAUCUUAGUCUGCUUUUUCACUCUCAAUAUCCGUAAUUCCUACCACGAUUCCAUACGAAAAACAAUUUGUGGGUGGUACAUGUUGCACUGUAAGACCUGUAACACUGUAAGUUAUUUGAUUUUUCUGAAAAAUAUCUACCAGCACUUUUGCCAUCUGCUCAUGUGUAGUAUUUAUUUGUACUUGCGUGCAUGAACACUGUUUUUAUGCAUUUAGAAAACAACCCGGAUCACCUUCAUAUAUGGAACGAAGCCAAGAAUUUUCACUAUCUGAACCUGCUGGAUGUUGGCUUGAACAAGCUUCCACUGCCAUCAACCGACGACUAUGCUUCAAUGACUGAAACCGAAUGUAUGACGUGGUUGUCAAAUGCCAACUUUCAAGAUGUACAGGAUAUUGUUAAACUGGAUAUACGUAAUUCAUGCCUUGUUAAUGAUGAGCAAAGUCCCAGGUGCAACGAAAAAUCCAACACUUUAAUCCUCCCUCUUUCAUUGGAAGACAACUCCACACUAACAGGUGGUGCAGCUUGCUUGGCUGAAUUUGGAAAAGAAUUUAGAAUUCCUUGUAACCACAAUGACAUUACCUUGCCUUUUGAUGACAAGAUAGAAAACUUUUCAAUAGAGUCAGCACGAAAGCAUCAUGACUUUCUGCUUAGGGUGCAAGAACACAAGAAAGAAAUGGAAGUACUAGUGGAGAAGCUAAUUUUAUGUGAAAAAAGCCUGGAUACCGAUGAUGUUGGGAUCGAGGAGGAUGAAGAGAAAGAUGCCGAAAAUGAAGCUGGAGAGAAUCAACAAUUCCAAAAAGUAGAUGGAAAGUUUCAAAAGGUUGUAGAUAAGUUGAGUGCCAAGAUAUGGAGUGCACAUCAGUCCAGUGAUCCAGAUGAUUUGAGCAGACUUGUCCAGUAUAUGCAACUAAAUAGAGAUUCAUGGGAAAAAGCAGCUAACCACCAUGGGAGUACCAUUUUGCACCAUGCCGUAGAAGAAGAGAACUUAACACUUAUAAAAACUUUACUAAAUGUGGGAGUAAAUCCCAAUGUGAAGGAAAAAUGUGGGGCAACUCCAUUGACUUUGGCCAUUAUAAAGAAAAAUGAAGAGAUUGUAAAAUUACUGUUGGAGAGUUACGCUGAGUAUGAUGACAAAUUCUACACCUCUGUUCCUGGACCCAGAACGAUGGCACGAAAGUUAAAUAUUCCAUCUAUUGAACAGUUGUUUGAUGACCUGUCAACGGAUGAGACCCACUGCGACAAAGUCAUAUGGGACAUCGUUGAAGUAGCCACAGUGGGACAUAAACACGGUAUUCAUACACCUAUAAAUUUCGAUAAUGAUACAGAAGAAGAAAGCUCUCAAGUACAUACAUCUAGUUAUGACAGAUCGAGACCAGGAAACAAGACAUUAGUUGUCGGAGAUCAAGGAACAAAUAAGAUAAAUCGCAGUGUUAGAGCGAAGUCUGCCGGUGCUUAUGACUGGGUUGGUGAAGUUCCUGGAGAUAUGCACGCCAAAGGUAAGGACUGUACCACCAAUCUAGAGUAGAAAGGUACAAUUUCCGGGAGUGUUUAUCUCCCCAUCCAUCCUCCGAUUUUCAGGGUCCGGUUGCACGAAAGCCAGAUACCUGACCUAAUGUUUUAAAUGGGCUGAUGGCGUGGUUGGGUGUUCAAACCUAGUUGCAAUAAUACAACUUAGUCGAAGAGCAAACAAAUAUAACCACGCCAUUGUACGAUGAAAACUCUAAGUAUUCCCAGUCAAUUUUAGCAAAUAUUUCAAGCACUAAACAGUGAAAAAUACAUCGCAAAUUUCGUUAAAAUUUGUGACGCCAAUUUCGUAGCUGCAAAUGUAAAAAAAUACAAAACAAAGACGAAAAACACUUACCUUGAAUAUUUUGUAGUGGCUUAGGCAUGUUUUUAAAACAAUUAGACUAGUUUAUGCUUCAGGCAAAACAACAAAAAUGCCGAGAACUUUGGCAAUAUUCGCAAUACGCGUGACGUCACGUUUUUCAACAAGGAUCAGUCAAUGACUUCAGGAAGUUUCGUAUCCAGUUAUUUUACAAUCCAUGGUCAUACACAGACAACAGCAAAGUACCAGUAAUAACGGUAUACUAGUAUAUGGCCCAAAAAUCCGUGUAAAAACGCGCGAUAAACAUACGUACAGUACAUGUGUAUAUUUCGUAAUAUAAUAUAAUAUGUUUACUCUUAGUUUAUAGCGGAUAAUUUGUUUAAUAAAACACCUUAUCCAGUAUAUAUCACGUUAUUCUUUAUACCAGAUUAUCUGUUUGUAAGUGCUUGACAUGUCAUAUGAUACCUUUCACUGCGCCUGUAUAAGUAUUUAUUGUUAUUUUAAACAAUAGUACUUUGUUGUGAUUUACACAGGCUAUUUCCUAGAAGUUUGCAAGAAAACUAUGGGCCCAGGAGGUUUUAUGUGUGUUCUUCAUCAUGUGAUUAAAAGGCAUAAAUUGAAUGAUGCUGCAUUUGGCGAUAAAAAGUUUCAAAAUCAAAAUCUUGGGAAGAUUGAUGAAGCUGUUCGAGAUAUCUGCAUGGCGUAUGGAUUAGCGGCUGUUCAGUUGUAUAAGAAAAGCGAAUUCUUUCCUACAGAAAGUGAACUUACCGAUCACCUAAAUCGAUUUAAUAAUCAUAACCAACUACUCCUCGAAACCUUCAAGCGAUGGCUAGCCAAGGCAUCCGAAAGUCGAAAGUUUGCAUAUCAAAGCCAGAUGAUUACUUUAUUUGGUCCGUUGCGAGACUUGUACAAAACCAGCAUUAGAGAGGGUGAUGGUGUUGCCCGUGAAGCUGUCUGGAUGUUGAUGCUUCCUUUAUUUGCCCAGCUGCAGAAACGAAAUUACUGGACGGAGGCUUUUGUCCAUGUUGUGAAUCUAGUUGCAGCAUGGCCACAAGCGACUAGAAAGAUGCUGCAACACAAUUGUUCGGUCAAUGUGAAGGGUAGACAAGGCCAUUGUUUAGCUCUGGAUGAAUGGGUUGAAACGUACAUAGUGUUACCGCUAAAGAAAUAUGCAUCAGGUAAAUAAAAAUAUUUUCAUCACCGUAUCGGUAUUAACCACUGGGCACUGGUAUCAUCAUUGUUCCAAGUUUUAAAAAGUCAAAGCCGGUUUAUUGUCACUGUAUUACUAUCAAGGCCCGUUUACAUUUGCAAUUUUAUGUGCGAUUUUUCUUCUAAUGCCUACUUGAUCAAUAAGUUAUGAACGUUCGGAUGAGAUAUCAUCCGUACAUAUACACAUACUCUUUCAUAACUCGUCCACUCAUUCACAAGCAGCAAAAAUCGCAAGUGUAAGUGGGCCUUAAGUAUGGUUAUUUUGAAAGUAAAAAAAUUAUUCUUAAAAUUAUGGGGAAUUGUAUUGCAGGUCACUCAAGCAUCAACAUGCUGAAACGGUUGAUGGUUAAUAUUGAGGCAUUCAGCACAAUACGAGCAGCGUAUUCCAGCCCUAGUGCAUUUGAUGUUCACCCUACGUCCCGCCACAAAGAGCAAGACCCUAUCCUUGAUCAACUAAAGGCGAUGUGGUUUUGUUUGAAGGAGAACGUUAUCUCUGAUGAUGCCAGUGAUGAUGUCAUACAUAAGAUGACCAAAGAGGGAAAUUGUGAGGGUAAUGUUCAACAGUCACUGAUUGAUGUUUAUUCGAAAGGCAAAUUGAAAGUAAAGCAACAGUUUUCUCGAAUGUUGUAUGAAAAAUUUAAUGUAUUUGUUUCUGAACAGUCUGAUAAUGAAAGCAUUGACAGUGCAUGA